AUGACAGCUUCAGUAGACCGUCUCGCAUUUUGCACCCUGGGCAUGUUCAUCAUUGAUGAGAUUGAGCACCUCAACAGCGAUGCACCAGAGCAAAGAAUCAUCGGUGGUGCCGGGACUUAUGCAGCGCUCGGUGCUCGUCUCGCAGCAGGCGGGCAAAAUGCUCAGCACGUGGGAUGGAUAGUCGACAUGGGUUCGGAUUUCCCAGCAGAACUGAGAAGUCUUAUUGAUACUUGGGGCACGAAAUGUAUAUUCCGGACGGAUGUUACGCGUCUCACUACGACCGCGUGGAAUGGCUACGGUCACAACGAGCAUCGAGCGUUCAAAUAUCUCACACCGAAACUGCGACUGGAUGAGAAUUCCCUGUCGGAGGAGCAGGUGUUGGCUCAAUCGUUUCACAUGGUUUGUUCGCCGGAGCGGUGCAUGUCGUUGAUCAGAGGGAUCAUGGCCAGGCGGAAUGUGCUUGUUCCAAAUGAAGAACGGCCUGUUUUUGUAUGGGAGCCGAUUCCUGACCUGUGCACGCCUGAAGAGUUCGAUCGGCUUCGAGAGGCUAUCGCACUCGUCGAUGUCGUGAGUCCCAAUGCGGAAGAACUCGUUUCGUUCUUUCCUGCUGCUUCGAGUGGUGACGAUAGAUUAUCGCAGGAGAUGAUGGCAGACAAACUACUGCGCGUGGAUUCAGACAAGUACAUGAAUGCGGCUCUGGUGAUCAGAGAAGGUGCUUUGGGCUGCACGACAUACGUAGGGCGGAAGAAGCUACAUCUCGGUGCAUUUCAUCGGGACAGUAGUAAGGUCCGGGAUCCGACCGGCGGUGGUAACACUUUUCUGGGCGCGUUGGCUAUGGGCAUGACGGGUAGGGUUGCUCCUGUUGAGAGCGGUGUCGUCAAAGAAGAUCUGUGGGUCGGUGAAAAUUCGCAACACAAUCUGUUGCUGGGUCUUCUUCACGCAACAGUAGCUGCUGCAUAUGCAAUUGAGCAAGUCGGCAUGCCUGGCGUGUCCACAACAGAUCCUGCUGUUUGGAACGGGGAGUCCUACCUGGGUCGAUAUCAUUCGUAUCUUGAUAGCGAGAAAACUCACGUUCAAGGACAGCUGCAAUAA